AUGGCAAAGACGUUAGCAAUAGUCUUCGGUGAGGAAUCAUGUGGUAUAUCUAAUAUUAUGAAGGAUAAUGCUGAUAUAAGGAGGAAGAAUAACAUGAUCAUACCAUUAAAUGAUGAUGAUAAGGCUUCCCUUACCAAUGGGCAUCAUGAUGAUGAGGAGGAGGAGGGGUAUCAUCAUGAUGAGGAGGAGGAGGGUUUACCUUACAUUUCCUCUAUUCAUCAUCCUGCUUCUGCUGCUGCUUCUGCUGUUGCUACUGUGGUCAUCAGUAUGAUCUCACCAUCAUCCUCCUUAUCCACCUCUAGUGCAUUGGCCGCACGAAAAGCUGAGUUGGCAGGAGUACGAUGUAAAUUACCAGUACAUAAAUAUGAGGAUACUAUAGUAACAUCAGUUGUUAAUAAUAAUGUUACAAUAUUAGUUGGGGAUACAGGGUCUGGUAAAACUACACAGGUACCACAAUACCUAUAUAAGUAUAGGAAUAAGAUAACUAAUAAACAGUUCCGUGAGGUUAUAACACAACCACGUAGAGUAGCAGCUACUACUGUAGCUAGUAGAGUAGCUGAGGAAAUGGGUACUAUAUUAGGGGAAGGUGUGGUAGGAUAUGCAGUAAGAUUUGAUGAUAAUACUAAUCAUCGUACUAGGAUCAAGUUCUGUACAGAUGGUAUAUUACUAAGGGAGGCAGUAGUAGAUCCAACAUUAUCUAGAUAUACUGUUGUUAUUAUUGAUGAGAUACAUGAGAGAUCACUAUACACUGAUACAGUAUUAGGUUUAGUAUCUAAUGCACUAGUAGAUGUGAAGUUGAGGGAUAAUAUUAAAGUGGUACUCAUGUCUGCUACUGUAGUAGCUGAUAAGUUUAAAGAAUAUUUCCUACAUUCAGGAUGUAGUGUGAAUACAGUAGUAGUACCUGGUAGGACAUAUCCUGUUGCACUCUAUUAUACUCCUACACCGGAAGUAGACUUCUUAGAGGCUGCCCAACUCACUAUUAUACAGAUAUUACUUGGUAUAGAGGAUGAUAAUCUUAUUCAUGGAAGGAGUAGAAGAGAUGGGGAUAUAUUGGUAUUCCUACCUGGUGUUGAUAAUAUAUUAUCAUUACAUGCAUCAUUAGAACGAGUGUUACCUACUUUAAAGGGACUAUGUACUGACAAUAAUAAUAACACAGAGCUUAAAAUAAAGAUAUGCGAUCUAUACAGUAGUCAGAGUAGAGAUAAACAGAAGGAUGCUUUUAUACCAUCAGGAGUUAAUGAAAUUAAGAUAAUAUUAUCAACUAAUAUUGCUGAAACAUCAGUAACUAUAUCUGGUGUUACUACUGUUAUUGAUACUGGAUUGGCUAAGACAAGAGUAUUCGAUACUCUACGUAUAUCCCCUAUAUCAAAAGCAUCAGCUUCACAAAGGAGUGGUAGGGCUGGUAGGGAAAGACCUGGUGUAUGCUAUAGACUGUAUCCCGAGAUAGCAUAUGAAAAGGAGAUGAUACAACAUAGUAUACCUGAGAUAUUAAGGAGUGAUAUGUCCUAUGUAUUACUACAAUUACUAGCUAUGGGUGUAGUAGGAGGAGAAGGAGUAGGAGUAUGUCAUAAUCUUAUUGAUUUCCCAUUUGUUGAUAAACCUUCACCAAAGAGGAUAAGAAUGGCAUCACGUUUAUUACGACGUAUUGGUGCUAUUGGAUCGGAUCUAUCAUCACCAAUACUAACAUCUAAAGGGAGAAGGAUGGCUCAAUAUCCACUAGAACCACUUAUUAGUAAUAUACUCGUUACAGAGGAGGAGAUGAAGGGAAAGGACGAGGACAACAACAACUGUCUAGCUGAGGGAAUAUUAGAGAAUCUAAGAACUCUACUGCAUGGUUUAUGGGACUCGAUACACGAUCAAAUGAUCGGAUCUCAUCAUCAUCACCUAGUAGUAGUAAAGGAGAUCAUGUAUGUCUAG